CGAACAAUAUAUAUUCGAGCCGGCCCCCAGCGAGACCUCAGAUACAGCGGGCGUCUCGACCCAACUCACAGUUGGACUUUGCAUUUGUCGGAGUCCUUUUGGCUGCGCGAACUUUAGGACACAGUCGCUGCCACACAUCCGUAGCACAUCAGCGAGUGGCUUAGGGAUUGUGGAGGACUUUGUGUUGCGUGUGUUCGCGCGGAGCAGCAGCAGCAGCAGCCUAUCGCAUCAAUUUGGUCAGGAUCAAGACCCUCUUAGCGUAUCUCGUGAAAAAUCCACAAGCCCACCGCACACUUCGCAAGACACACACACACACAGCACUUGGGUUUUUGUUGUACGGGAAAACAUAAUUAAGUUAUUAUUAUUAUGAUCAUAGGAGCAGAAUUUUUGAGGGCAUAUUAAUUUAUUCGUGCGUAGUGGGUUGCUGCCCGGCAGUGAUCGGUGAAUCCUUCAGCCGCAGCCGCUGUCAGGAACGUAGUAGCUAGGCUGUGGUCGGCACGGUUAGCGGAUCAGCUUCUGUUAUUUUUUGUGUAGCAUUUCUUCGGAAGCCGAGAGCGAAGAAGUGAGUAAGGGGGGGGGAGAGAUGUGUUUGUUCAAAGGAUGGCCGGCGGUAGUGGCACUUGUGUUACUCAACAUCACCGGACUUCACGGCUUUGAGUACAACGGCGGCAGCGGAGGCAGCGGCGGCGGAAUGAGAGCGUUCGACCUCUUCGAGCUCACCAAGCUGAGCCGCAGCAAUGCCGGCGUGAAGCCAGUCAAGGGGCCCGAGCGGGGCCCCGCCUUCAAGAUCGUCAAGGCGGCCAAGAUCCCGGCGGUGACCGGCCAGCCCCUCGAGGAGCUCGUGGAGGCGCUGCGCCGCGACGAGGGCUUCACCUUCCAGGCGACGCUGCGACAGGAGAAGCGUAGCACCGGCACGCUCGUGUCCGUCGGGCCCCUGGCGAGGACGUCGCCGCGCCUCUUCGAGAUCAUCUCGAACGGGCGCGCCGACACGCUCGAUCUGGCGUACGCGGUGAACGGCGAGCAGAGCGUCUUCUCCUUCGAGGAGGUGGAGCUGGCGACGCCGCAGUGGAAGAACGUGACGCUGCACGUGUCCGGCGAGGACGCCGAGCUGUACGUGGGCUGCGAUCGCGUCGACACGCUCACCCUGGAGGGUCUCAACUUCGAGCAGCUCGCGGCCGAGGGGAACGCGCUGCGGCUGGGCAAGGGUGCCCUCAAGGACGCCGACGACUUCAAGGGGGCCUUGCAAAACGUUCGCUUCGUGUUCGGCACCACGGUGGAGGACAUCCUACGAAGCAAGGGCUGCCCCGCCGCCCAGCGGACACCGGUGCUGGCAGGAAACAAGCUGAACUUUAUGAGCCCGCAGCUCGGGGGUUUGGGCGACCAGUGCGACAUGUCCUGCAACGCCGUGUCGGAGAUGGUCCGGGAGCUCCGUGGCAUUCAGAGGGCGGUCACCACGUUAGUGAGCGGAUUCGACGAUGUGAGAAACCAGACGGACUUCAUCAGCAAGGGGAUUGGCUUCAACAAGAAAGGCGAGUGCCACUUCGAGGGAACGCAGUUUGCCAACGGCACCAACUGGACGGUGGACACCUGCACGUCCUGCACAUGCGAGGAAUCCGUGACAUUUUGCCGGCAAAUCAGCUGCCAAGAGGUUUCGUGCAACAACGCGACCACGCCGGAGGGCGAGUGCUGCCCAACGUGCUACGUGCUGGAGGAGGGCUGGUCGCCGUGGUCCGAGUGGACGUCGUGCACUGUGUCUUGCGGGCGCGGGCUGCAGCAGCGCGGCCGCUCGUGCGACCGCAUCAAGCACGAGUGCCAGGGCCCGUCCAUCCAGACGCGCACGUGCCACCAGCGCGAGUGCGAUAAGCGCAUCCGCCAGGACGGCGGCUGGAGCCACUGGUCGCCGUGGUCUUCGUGCUCGGCGACGUGCGGCGUGGGCUCCAGCACGCGCAUGCGGCUCUGCAACUCCCCGACGCCGCAGCUGGGCGGCGAGGACUGCGCGGGCAGUGGGCGCGACACCAGGGAGUGCAAUCUCAUGCCCUGCCCCGUGGACGGGCAGUGGGGCCCCUGGUCUCUGUGGUCGACGUGCUCCGUGACCUGCGCCGGGGGCUCGCGGACGCGCCUGCGCCUCUGCAACAACCCCGAGCCCAAGCACGGCGGGCGGCGCUGCGUGGGACUCAGCUCCGACACCGGCGUCUGCAACACCCAGGACUGUCCCAUCGACGGCUGCCUCUCCAACCCGUGCUUCGCGGGAAGCACGUGCAUCAGCUUCGUGGACGGCUCGUGGAAGUGCGGCGCCUGCCCGCUCGGUUACCGUGGCGAUGGCCUGCACUGCGAGGACAUCGACGAGUGCACGGAGGUGCCGGAUGUCUGCUUCUCGACGACGAGUGCGUCGCGCUGCACCAACCUGGAACCGGGAUUCAAGUGCCUCCCGUGCCCCCCGCGCUACUCGGGCACCCAGCCCCAGGGUCUCGGGCUGGAGGACGCAAAGACCAAUAAGCAGGUGUGCGAGCCUAAGAACCCAUGCGAGGACGGGAGCCAUAAUUGCCACGUGGACGCGGACUGCGUGUACCUGGGCGUGCACACGGAGCUCGUGUUCCGCUGCGAGUGCAAGACGGGGUUCGCCGGCAACGGCUUCGUGUGCGGCGAGGACAUAGACCUCGACGGGUGGCCCAACAAGGAGCUGCCCUGCGUGGCCAACGCCACCUACCACUGCCUCAAGGACAACUGUCCUGAACUGCCCAACUCCGGGCAGGAGGACCACGACAAGGACGGCUUUGGCGACGCCUGCGACAACGACGACGACAAUGAUGGAUAUCCCGAUGACAGGGACAACUGCCCGAUGCUGUUCAACCCGCGGCAGUACGACAGAGACCGCGACACCGUCGGUGACCUUUGCGACAAUUGCCCCGAACGCCCCAAUGCCGACCAACGCGACACGGACCGCAACGGCGUGGGAGACGCGUGCUCGCCCGACAUCGACGGAGACAGCGUUCUCAACGAGGGCGACAACUGCCCGUACGUGUACAACAGCGACCAGCGCGACUUCGACACGGACGGCGUGGGAGACAUGUGCGACAACUGUCCCCUGCAGUACAACCCCGACCAGCGCGAUUCCGACUCGGACCUGGUGGGCGACACGUGCGACAGCAACGAGGACAUCGACGAGGACGGCCACCAGAACAACCUCGACAACUGCCCGUACAUCCCCAACUCGAACCAGGCCGACCACGACGGCGACGGCAUCGGAGACGCCUGUGACCACGACGACGACAACGACGGCGUUCCAGACGAGCGCGACAACUGCCGCCUCGUCGCCAACCCCGACCAGCUCGACUCCAACGGUGACGGCCGCGGGGACAUCUGCUGGUCCGACUUUGACAACGACAACGUGACGGAUACCGAGGACGUGUGCCCGGAAAACUUCGCCAUCACCAGCACGGACUUCCAGCGCUUCCAGAUGGUGCCGCUCGACCCCACGGGCACCUCGCAGAUCGACCCCAACUGGGUGGUGCGCCACCAGGGCAAGGAGCUCGUGCAGGAGGUCAACUGCGACCCGGGGCUCGCCAUUGGCUACGACGAGUUCAACGCGGUGGACUUCAGCGGAACGUUCUACAUCAACACGGACCGCGACGACGACUACGCGGGCUUCGUGUUCGGCUACCAGUCGAGCGCGCGCUUCUACGUGGUCAUGUGGAAGCAGAUCACGCAGUCCUACUGGCAGGACACGCCCACGCGCGCCCAGGGCUUCGCCGGCCUGCAGAUCAAGGUGGUGAACUCCACGACGGGGCCCGGCGAGCACCUCCGCAACGCCCUCUGGCACACCGGCAACACCCCCGGGCAGGUUCGUCUGCUGUGGCACGACCCAAAAACCAUCGGCUGGAAGGAUUACACGGCGUACAGGUGGCAGCUGACUCACCGGCCCAAAUCCGGACUCAUCAGGGUGGUGAUGUACGAGGGCAGGCACAUCAUGGCCGACUCGGGCCCCCUGUACGACAAGACGUACACCGGGGGACGCCUCGGCCUGUUCGUCUUCUCCCAGGAGAGCGUCUACUUCUCCGACAUGAAGUACAAGUGCAAAGAUUGGUAGAGACAGUUGAGAGAAAUUUGGUGGGGGAACAAAAACACAUCAACAUUCCGUCUCGGGUAAUGAAAAACAAACAUGUUUUUUCAAGUCCUUUCUCAUGCUAACACAAUUACCCUUCUAACAUAUAUCUCGAUGUGUACGACAGUUAAAACAAAUACGACGAACAAUGUCCAAUGGUAAUCACACGUUCAUGAGAUGUCGCAUAAAAGCAACGAAAGAUCUAUGAGAUUCGUUUUAUUUGUAUUUUUUGUAUUUUUUUGGUCUCUGUUUUUAUAAAGCUGUAAUAAGAGGUGUGUAUUAUUAUUCCUAUAUAUUUUUAAAAUACUUUCUAUUAUAUAAAUAUUAAUCACCCGUUGUAAAUAGCAAAGCACAUUUUUUUUCUUUCUCAAAAGCAGGUAUAUCAAGAUUUUGUAAAGAGUUCACACUCUGUUUGGGUAAGGGGUAGAGGGUGGUAUGGGAGAGACAGAUGCUGUCAUUUCUCGGUAACUUAGCAGAGUACAACGUCGCAUAUUCGAUCGUCGCGUGUCCGCCCCGACCAAUCACUCCAUCCCCCCACUCCUCCCCGUCCAAUGCGGGCAAAACAUUUCCCUAACCAAGCAACGGAAAGAAACACGACAGCAAGAGGCAGACGCAGCGCCGCGAAUAACGAUUGCCCCCUUUUAUUAGGUUAGCAUGAAGUAACCACACUUAUCAUUACGAUUGCUUUGUGCCGUGUGUGACGGAGUUUGGCUUCGCAACGAGGAAGCCUUUUACUUACAAAAGCGGGUGCCUGGCUCUUCGCUCUGCUGAUGAGAUACUGAAUGUCAAAGCCGGUCCAGACGUUUUUCAUCUGUUGAACCAAAUGCUGUUGAUGGGAGAUCUGCUCCCAGAAGGCCGUGUGACCGAUGGGAUGUGUAUUUUUUUAUUUAUUUCUUGUGAGUAGACAGAUACGGAAAGAAGGCAUUAAUUGGUUAACAUGGAUGCCAAACAGAGACCUUUUUUAAAUUAACUCAUUGAUUACUUCUUCAAGAGUUAUUAAGCUGUUAAAUGUGAGUUAGUGCUCUUUAGUUCCCCUUGAUUGUUUAUUUUUUUUAAGUUUUGUUUAGAUGAGGCGUCUUGUUUUGUAAACCGCAUAAUAGCGCACCGUUAAUUUACCAUAUCCCCCCGCCCACCCCACGUUUAAAGCAAUUUUGCGCUUCAUCUGCGUCCAGCGACCUAUCUGUGCACACUAUAAUUGGCCCGGAAACACCUUAAUACGUAGAGGACUGCAAAACUUGGGCAACUGUCUCAUCACACAGCUGCUGCCCUCCCUCCUGCUUGGCUGUGGUUCCUCAAGCCUCCGCGGUGGUCUCGCUGUGCAAGAGCGAGUUAAUAGUGUUCUCGCUACAAGUUGAAACUAUGAUUAUGUUCUGUAGAUGUUCACACAUCCAACCUAUCGAUACGAUCCACCAACACCUCACCCCCCCCUCCUCUCCCUACAUCCCGAUUGAAUCGAAUAUUCGACGUUGUACCGCACACAUUCCUUGGUUUACUACGAAGGAUUACAUUUGCCAGUCUGCGUGUGGUCUCUCACUCUCUCUCUCUGUCGAUGUAUGCUUUGGACUAGAUGGGUCAGUGUCAGGUCAUUACUUUGCAAAAAAAAAAAAUGUCUUUGCAACAUCACGCGCAGUUCAUCGUCUGCUCGGGUGUUGACUAGGAAACGUCGGAACGUCAGUUCGGAAGAGUUUAAGGUAACAUGCACGUGUGAACGUAUAUAAACAUACAAACACACUGUAAAUAUAACUUAUGUAAAGGUCAAAGGGUCAGCCCUGCACUCUCUUGCUGGGCUGCCACUCAAGGGAGAUCGAAAGAGCCAUACCUCUUCUACGGAUGCGGGCCCGCUCGACCCCACUGUGGCCAGAAUAAUGUACGCGACACAUGCGAACGUGUAUCCUGGCGUGACACCCACCCGGGGUAAAGAGAAAUUCGCCCGCUUGAAAUAUGAGAAAGCCGUAGCGGAAUUUCACGAUGAGUUGGUCUCGGAGAGAGAGAGAGAGAGUGAGAGAGCGGGCGAUCGGACGUGCGGGGCGGGCGAGGUGCCACUGGGGGGAAGUGACCUUUUUUGUUUGGCCGCAGCCCAUCGGGGGCUCAGGUUAAUACCGCGGGAGCGUCGAUCGCAACGUGUCGCGCCGUCUGCUUCGGAAGCGGACGCUGAAUAUCCCGCGACGUUCUGUCCCGUAAAACGACAGCGGCGGCAACGACAACAAAAAAACAAAAACCUGCGCGGGCCUCCCCCCGAGGUGGGCGCCACGGUUUCAUGAAACGCGCCGAGUUUGAACAAAUCGCUCGCAAAUUACUUAACUGGGGAAAACGCUCCACGCGGCGACGCGGCGAGAGUGCGACCACCGUGAAGCGUCGCGCGUCCACGUCGGCAGGACAACGCCAACUCGCAGGCUGGCGGCGCGCGCGCCAGCCUCGUGCGGCCGCUGGGGGUGCAGCAGGGCACCGGGCGAUUUCAGACGAGAUUGCCGAGGUGUUUGGGGCAAGCGCUCCCGCACGCACGCACGCACGUCCGAUAUCGUGAACGCAGGGCAGCCCGAUCGUGCCGUUCACGCUCAAGGCCCAGCAGCUAACUUGAAAGGGGGGGGGGGCGGUCGUAAGGUCCUGGGGGUUGUUUGCACGCGACGGUUUUCUUCACAUGGCUUCUGUGUGUGCAAUUCAGCAGCGAUGAAUGUAUGCGAGCACUUAGCGUACGGGGAGGGGAAAGCAACAAGCAACCGGCUUUACGCUCACGUGUUCGCGGUAUGACGACGUCGUCGUCGUCGUUAUUUUAAGACGGCAUGGUUGAAGUGGAAUUUUCCAUUAAAACUUACUGAUCGUGA